AGAUGUGUGAAAGCCCUGGACGUCCUGGCCCAGCCCUGUGCUUCUGCGUGCCUUCUCAGUCCCCAGGUGACUGUGCCCUGCUCAGCAUGGCGGCCCACGUCCCGCCACCACCAGACCCCCAGUUUGUCCUCCGAGGCACCCGGUCGGCAGUGCACGCGCUGCAUUUCUGCAGAGGAGCCCAGGCCCAGGGGUGCCAACUUCUCUUCUCAGGGUCUCAGGCUGGGCUGGUGCACAUCUGGAGCCUGCAGACGCGGAGAGCGGUCGCCGCCUUGGACGGCCAUGGGGGCCAGUGUGUGACCUGGCUGCAGACGCUGCCCCAAGGGCACCAGCUCCUCAGUCAGGGCCGUGACCUGAAGCUGUGCCUGUGGGAUCUGGUGGAGGGCAGGAAUGCCGUCGUGGACUCCGUGCACCUGGAGAGCGUGGGCUUCUGCAGGAGCGCCAUCCUGGCCAGCGGGCAGCCACGCUGGACGCUUGCCGUGCCGGGGAAGGGCAGCAACGAGGUUCAGAUCCUGGAGAUGCCGUCCAGGACGCCAGUGUGCACCCUGAAGCCGGAGGCGGGCGCCAAGCCAGGCAUGCUCAUGUGCCUGCGGCUGUGGCAGGCCAACUCCGGACCCCGCCCACUCCUCCUGGCCGGCUACGAGGAUGGAUCAGUAGUCCUGUGGGACAUUUCGGAGCGGAAGAUGUGCAGCCGCGUCGCCUGCCACGAGGAGCCCGUCAUGGGCCUUGACUUCGACCCCCAGAAGGCCCGGGGCGUCUCGGGCUCCGCGGGGAAGGCGCUGGCUGUCUGGAGCCUGGACGGGCGGCAGGCCCUGCAGGUGCGUGGAACUCACGAACUCACCAACCCUGGGGUCGCCGAGGUCACCAUCCGGCCGGACCGCAAGAUCCUGGCCACCGCAGGCUGGGACCACCGAAUCCGCGUGUUCCACUGGCGGACAAUGAAGCCGCUGGCCGUGCUGGCCUUGCACAGUGCUGCUGUCCAGUGUGUGGCCUUCGCCGCCAGCGGCCUGCUGGCCGCAGGGUCCAAGGAUCAGCGCAUCAGCGUCUGGUCGCUCUACCCACCCACGUGACCUGCGCUCUUCUGGGAGAUGCGGAGGGAGAGAGGCUCCCGCCUUGAGCAGAAGCUGCCCCGCAAGGGCCCCUGAGCACCAGCAAGUCUCGGCCCAGGGACCACUGAGUCCUCAACUUCUUCAUGCGGCUGGCUUUCCCUUCGUGAAACACAUCAGCACGUGACAAGGACUCGCUACCUGCCGUGUGCCUGGGCCUCUGCGGCCCGGGUAGGAGAUGUCGGUUGGGGCCUGGCGUGGGGCCACCCUGAGGGUAUU